CCUUCUCCGGCCCUUUCCGUUCACUGGCAUCGCUGUAUUUGAGGUGCUCGGUUCUUCUCACGAAGCUAAGGCCUUUGAAUCCGGCGACUAGCACCGUCAAAUUUAGGCAUCCACGUCCAAAACGUUAAUCUCCUCGAAGAAUAAUGGCAUCUGUGUCCGAGCUGGCUUGUAUUUACUCCGCUCUCAUCCUCCACGAUGAUGAAGUUACAGUCACGGAGGACAAGCUGCUCGCUCUGAUCAAGGCCGCCGGUGUGUCCAUCGAGCCCUUCUGGCCCGGUCUCUUCGCUAAGGCUCUGGCCAGCGUGGACAUCGGUAGCUUGAUCUGCAACGUCGGCGCCGGCGGAGGAGCUGCUCCAGCCGCCGCCGCAGGAAGUGGUGCCGCCGCUCCCGCGGGUGGAGACGCUCCAGCCAAAGAGGAGGAGAAGAAAGAGGAAAAGAAGGAAGAGUCUGAGGAGUCCGACGACGACAUGGGCUUCGGUCUGUUCGACUAAAGCAGCUCUUUUAAUAAAAAACAUCGAAACUCUCAA